AUGCAACUCUCAAAAGGUGUAAAGGAGGACUAUUCAUCAUCUUUUGUUACUUUGAAAGAAGAUGAGAAAACUGUGGUUCAAGAGAGGACACCUCCGGAAGUUACAACUGUCCUAGAGAAAGUUCAGGAUGUAAUGCCCGCCGAAUUUCCAAAGAAACUCCACCAUGAGAGAGAGGUGGACCAUAGAGAAGAGUUAGUCAAUGGUACUAAACUAUCGGCGACAAUCUUUUAUCGCAUUGAAUCUCCCAAAUUGGAGGGAUUGAAGAGACAAUCGGAGGAGUUGCUCUUCAAGAAAGGGAGAUCGAUCUGGGUUAUAGAUUAUAUAGACAUUGUAGUUUUAUGGAAUCCUUCAACGAAAAAGUCUAUAGAACUACCUUCCGCAUCGAUAGAGAUCAAAGAUGAGCGACGCUUUGACAAAUAUAGAACAUAUGGAUUCGGUUACGAUAACACCAACGACGACUACAAAGUGGUGAGAGUUGCGGUUCUUCUGGAUGUUGUCAUAAAUUACGAGGUUAAGGUUUAUAGUUUAAGAUCAAAUUUGUGGCAUACGGCAGAUAAAUUUCCUAACCAAUAUCCGGAUUUGAGUGGAAUUGGAAAUUCAGUAGCUGGUGGAGCGAUGCACUGGAUCUCGAUAGACGCGGAUUUGAACAGAUCCAUUCUUGCAUUUGAUCUCGGGUUGGAGACCUAUAGAGUAAUUCAACAGCCUGAAUACCGUGAUUGUGAAUUCUAUUCGCACUUAGAUAGUUUUGAAGGAUGUUUAUCGUUAACUUGUCUCUAUUUUUCGGGGAAUGUGGAUGUAUGGUUGCUGAAACAAUACGGUGGGGAUAAUGAAUAUUGGUCGAGAUUGAUUACAUUGUCGGAGCAAAAUAUUCCGGAUACGUCUAGCUAUUUUUUGAGAUGUAUUGUUUAUUCGAAAAAUGGUAAGAAAGUACUUUUGUAUAUGGGUACCGAUCUUGUUUGGUAUAACUUAGAAACGAGAUCACUUGAAGAUAUUAGGUUUCAUUCUGAGGAUGAUUCACUUGAAGCUUGUUUGGAAAGUCUAGUAUCUAUUGGUGUUGCAGAAGCUGGAUAA